AUGGCUACCACCUUCAGCGGAUGCUGGCCGUGGUGGCCGAUGCGCCGGGCCAGGCGCUCCGAGCGGGAGGCCCCGAGGGGAGUGAGUCGCAAGGUGAAGAGCCGAUUCACCACAGUAAGGAUGCCUGCGCAGGUGUCCUCUGCUGGGCCCGCGGGAGGAGGAAAGCCGCACUCACCCUGCGGCGGCGGCAGCGGCGGAGAGGAAAAGAGUUCUGCCUCUUACGCGGCCGUAGGAGCAGUUGCCGGAUUGGAGACAGGCAGAGAUGGGGAAUCGUCUGGGGGAAAGCAUCCAUCGCAGCAGAAGGACGACGGGGAUUCACAGCCAGCGGCAGCCGUGGCCGUGAAGGUAAGGAAGGGUGGCUUGUUCGGAGUGUUGCGACGCACGACGGUCGGCGGCGGGGCGGACGACGACGUGGUCCACGUGCCUGCGGGAGAGAUAUGCGUGAUCUGCAUGGAGCCGUUCCAGGCAAACGAUGUGCUCGAGGUUCUGCUCUGCCAGCACAUGUACCAUCAAAGUUCUUAG